UCCAACUUUAAAGAUUUUACUCUGCCCCUUCCUUUCCUUUCCAUGCGAACUUGUUGAGAAAAUUAUAAUCGCACUUUAAACUUUACCUCCUUUUCGUCGCCAUGGUCAUGCAAUUGUUUCCUUCCCCCCAACCUUUACUGUCUCUCACUUUCUUACAAAAUCCUAAAAACCCAAAACCCCUUAACAAAGCCAUGCUCAUUCCUGUGUUUAUGUUUUGAAAUGAGAAACCCAAAAUUCAAAACUUUCCUUUUCUUCAUUUGGUGCUCUUUUUUCAUUCUCCCUUCAGUGAUCUCAUUUCAUGGAGACUCCCAAAUCUUGACUCGGGUCAAAGAUUCUCAGCUCAACGACCCGAAUGGAAAGCUUCAUGACUGGGUUCUUUCAACGCCCGAUCCAAGUCCGUGUAAUUGGACCGGCAUUACCUGCAACAUUCAAAACCAAACUGUUAUUUCAAUUGAUCUUUCAGGGUUUGGUAUCUCAGGCGGCUUUCCGUUCGGGUUUUGUCGGAUUCGGACCCUCCAAACUCUCUACCUUGCGGAUAAUUUCCUCAACGGUUCACUUUCUUCUCAGGUUCUCUCUCCAUGUUCUCGUCUCCAAGAGAUUAAUCUCUCCGACAACUUAUUCACCGGCGAGUUACCGAAUUUCUCGUCCGAGAAUUUGGAAAUUCUCCAACUUUCUAACAACAACUUCACCGGCGAUAUUCCCCUGAGCUUCGGACGGAUGCAGUCUCUCAAAGUUCUCUCAAUUGGCGGGAAUUUACUCAAUGGAAACAUUCCUUCGUUUUUGGGUAAUCUCAGUGAGUUAACUCACUUCGAGCUCGGUUACAAUCCUUUUAAAGAAAGUCCUUUGCCGAACGAGAUUGGAAAUCUGUCGAAACUCGAAGUUUUAUGGUUGACGAAUGCGAAUCUCGUCGGCGAAAUUCCUGUUUCCAUUGGAAAUCUCGUUUCGUUACAGAUUCUCGAUUUAUCGGGUAAUUUUUUGAGCGGUAAAAUUCCGGAAAGUCUAUCAAUGUUAAAAAAUCUGGAGCAACUUGAGUUUUACCAGAAUCAAUUAUCCGGUGAGCUCCCCGAGAGUCUAGCAAAUUUGACAGCCCUGCUUCGAUUCGACGUGUCACAGAACAAUCUCACCGGCAAAUUACCAGAGAAAAUCGCUGCAUUGCCUCUCGAGUCUUUGAAUCUCAACGACAAUUAUUUCACCGGAGAAAUACCUGAAGUUUUAGCUUCGAAUCAAUAUCUCGUGCAGUUAAAACUCUUUAACAACAGCUUCACCGGAAAGUUACCGCCCAACCUCGGUAAAUUUUCUCCUUUAGAAGAUUUUGAUGUUUCUACAAAUGAUUUUACCGGGACGUUACCGCCGUUUCUUUGUUAUAAAAUGAAGCUUAAACGCAUUGUCGUUUUCAAGAAUCUGUUGUCGGGCAACAUACCGGAAUCGUACGGUGAAUGUAAAACGUUGAAUUAUGUUCGGAUGGCUGAUAAUGCUUUUUCUGGUAACGUGCCGGCAAAGUUUUGGGGUCAUCCUUCAUUUCAAUUUCUUGAAUUACAAAACAAUCAUUUUGAAGGUUCAAUUUCUCCUUCAAUCUCAGCCGUUCGUCAGUUAACCAGUCUUCGAAUUUCUGGUAAUAAUUUCUCCGGUGACAUUCCAGAAGAAAUUUGUCGGUUGGAGAAUGUUACAGAAAUUAAUAUGAGCCAUAAUAGAUUCUCCGGUGAACUGCCCUUUUGUAUCACGGACUUGAAGUUGCAAAAGCUUGAUUUGCAAGAUAAUGAGUUAACAGGGGAGAUUCCAAGUUCAGAGAAUUCGUGGACUGAGUUGACCGAAUUGAACCUGGCGAGAAACCGAUUCACUGGUGAAAUUCCACCCGACCUCGGUAAAUUACCGGUUUUAACUUACCUAGAUUUGUCCGGUAAUUUACUGAGCGGUAAAAUCCCAGAGGAUUUAACCAAGUUGAGGCUGAACCAAUUUAACCUUUCGGAUAACAAGUUGAAUGGGAAAGUGCCUUCGGGUUUCAAUAAUAUGUUUUUCAUCUCGGGUUUAUUGGGUAAUACGGGUCUUUGUAGCCCGAAUUUGAAACCGCUUCCUCCAUGCCCGAGAUCUAGACCCGCUACCUAUUACGUUGUGGGUAUUUUAGCAAUAUGCUUUCUCCUUCUUAUUGGGUCGAUGAUAUGGAUUUUCAGAAGCCGGGUAAAGUUCGGAAGAAAAACCCGACGCCCGUAUCAAGUCACCGCAUUCCAACGAGUCGGGUUUAGUGAAGAGGAAAUAUUCCCGUUUCUGAAAGACGAGAAUAUCAUCGGAACAGGUGGGUCGGGUCGGGUUUACAAAGCUAAGCUUAAAACAGGUCAAGUCGUGGCGGUUAAGAGGCUAUGGGGAGUUAAACCUGAGACAGAUGCGGUUUUUAAAUCCGAAACCGAGACAUUGGGUCGGAUCCGACAUGGCAACAUCGUAAAAUUGCUUAUGUGUUGCAGUGGAGAAGAGUUUAGGAUUUUGGUUUACGAGUACAUGGGGAAUGGGAGUUUGGGUGACGUGUUGCAUGGAGACAUGUUCGCAGGUUUAGUGGAUUGGCCCAAGCGGUUCACGGUUGCAAUCGGCGCGGCUCAGGGGCUGGCCUAUUUGCACCAUGAUUGCCUGCCUGCUAUCGUGCAUCGGGAUGUGAAGAGUAACAAUAUACUGUUGGACGAGGAGAUGAAGCCACGCGUGGCGGAUUUCGGGUUGGCCAAAACGUUGCAGAUUGAGGUUGGGGACGGUGAUGGGGCCAUGUCUCGAGUCGCUGGGACCCAUGGUUAUAUCGCUCCAGAAUAUGCUUACACGCUAAAAGUCACGGAAAAGAGUGAUGUUUACAGUUUCGGGGUGGUGCUGCUGGAAUUGAUUACUGGCAAAAGGCCAAACGACCCUUCAUUUGGUGAGAACAAGGACCUGGUGAAGUGGGUCACUGGGGCUACCUUAUCAUCAUCUCCUGAAGAAGGAAUCGAGGAUGGCUGGAAUUGCUGUCGAAACCUACCCCAGAUUGUUGAUCCAAGGAUGAACCCAUCUGCAUCUGAUUUGAAGGAGAUUGAGAAAGUUUUGAACGUGGCUCUCAAAUGUACUUCGGCAUUUCCCAUUAACAGACCUUCUAUGAGGAAGGUAGUUGAAUUGCUAAAGGACCACAAAGCGGUUCGUCCAAGCUGAUGAACCAAAGGUUUGGGCAUUGCCUGCUCUAUGACUUUGAGACAUGGCACAUUUUCCCUUUUAGUGCAAUUGUGCCAAAGUAGUUGUGGUUUAGUUCUUGUAUUUUGAGUAGUUGGUUUAUGUAUAUUUUUAAUUUAUGAGAAAAUAUAUAGAAUGUGUUGCUUUGCUUUCUGCU